UUGUAACAGAAAAAUCAAGCAUGUUCCAAGAGAACUCUGCACUUUGCACUUUGGUGAAAGUCUCCUUUAGACUUAAAUUUCUAAGUCUUUUUUAAGAAAUUAAGUUUCUUGAACCUCUCCCAAAUUGCAGAAAUCAGAUACAACUACUUGACAAAAUGACUUCUUACCGUGUUUCUGAAGAUACUAUAAAAAAGGUUGCUAUCUUCGGAGGAACUCAUGGCAAUGAACUAACAGGGGUAUAUCUAGUUAAGCACUGGCUAGAGAAUGGUGCUGAGAUUCAGAGAACAGGACUGGAAGUAAAGCCGUUUAUUACCAACCCAAGAGCAGUGAAGAAGUGUACCAGAUACAUUGAUUGUGACCUGAAUCGAGUUUUUGACCUUGAAAAUCUUGGCAAAGAAAUGUUAGAGGAUUUGCCAUAUGAAGUAAGAAGGGCUCAAGAAAUAAAUCAUUUAUUUGGUCCAAAAGACAGUGAAGAUUUCUGCGACAUCAUUUUUGACCUUCACAACACUACUGCUAACAUGGGGUGCACUCUUAUUCUUGAAGACUCCAGGAAUAACUUUUUAAUUCAGAUGUUUCAUUAUAUUAAGACUUCUUUGGCUCCAUUACCCUGCUAUGUUUAUCUUACUGAGCAUCCUUCCCUCAAAUAUGCAACCACGCGUUCUAUAGCCAAGUAUCCUGUUGGUAUAGAAGUUGGUCCUCAGCCUCAAGGGGUUCUGAGAGCUGAUAUUUUGGAUCAGAUGAGAAAAAUCAUUAAGCACGCUCUUGAUUUUAUACAGAAGUUCAAUACAGGAAAAGAAUUUCCUCCAUGUGCUAUCGAAGUCUAUAAGAUAAUAGAGAAAGUUGAUUAUCCCAGGAAUGAAAAUGGAGAAAUUAUUGCUGUUAUCCACCCUAAUCUGCAGGAUCAAGAUUGGAAACCAUUGCGCCCUGGGGAUCCCGUGUUUUUAACGCUUGAUGGAAAGACUAUUCCAUUGGGUGGAGACUGUAUCGUGUACCCAGUGUUUGUAAACGAGGCUGCAUAUUAUGAAAAGAAAGAAGCUUUUGCAAAAACAACUAAAUUAACACUCAACGCAAAGAGUAUUCACUCCACUUUACGCUAAUGGUGCCGAUUUUGCUAUUUUUAAGUGCUUAGCUAUUUGUAUUUGAGUGAUAUAUUCAUUACUCGACCUGCAUUAGAAAUCACUUUACAUUAGAAAUCACUUCUAGUUCAUGACUAUGCAAUAUUUUGUAAAGCUCUACCAGUUUGUAAGCUCCAGAAGAGCAGGACUGAGCCUUCCUUAUUCAACUCGAUAACUGUAACACCUCGCUCAGUGCCUUAGGACACUUAACUAAGUUUCUGAAAGAAAGAAAGAAAUUAAUGAAUGUUCUAAAGAAAAAAUGAUUUAUGUGGAUUAUGCAAGGAAAUGUAUCUCAUUUCUUUAUUGUUUUUUGUACAUCAUGUUUUGAUAGAUUAACAUUCUCAAUAGUCCUUAAAUCUAAAUUAGAUUUUUAAUUGAAAUACUUUAUGUAAAAAAUUAUUAAUUUCACCAUAAAAAUAGAUAAUGGAUGUUUUCAAGUCAUGUACAGAUGACUAGAUGCUAAUGGUGCAGGUUUUGCUAUUUUUAAAUGCUUAGCUAUUUUAUAUUUGAGUGAUAAUAUAUUCAUUACUCAAUCUACAAGCUUUAUUAAUAGUUGUGAGAUUAAUAGAUUUGAAAAUGCUCUUUAGAAGAUGAAAUGUGAAUUUACAAAAUGAAGACUGACUCUAAGGCAGCAUUAUGAAUAAGUCAGUAAACUCUAAAUGCUCCAUUUGUCACACAGAGCGCCUCUCCUCUGGCAUGUGCACUUGUUUCUAACAUUUUUUAUCCUUAAAGUUCCUUCCCAACUUGGGAGAGCUAAGAGGAAGAUGUUAAUCAAAUAAGCUGUCUUUGUUUUCUUUACAAUAUUUUUUAAUAGAAAGAAGCAAGACCAAAGCACUACAUCACUUCAUGCAGUGCCAGAGAUCAAGUUCAGGGCCUUGUGCAUGAAAGCCAUGUGCUCUACCACUGGGCCACCUCUCAGACUCUUUCUACUGGAGUGAACUCCAUUAAGAUCAUUUUUUAUUACAUAUUCAAUACACAGCAUAACAAAACUGUGUAUAAAUCUCUCAGCAUUUAUUUCUGAAUUUUAUCAAAAUUAUUUUCACUGGAGUAAUAUCAUUCUAAAAUCUGUAGUAACUGUAUAAUUUAUCAAUUUUUAUGCAUAGCAAGUCUUACCAAACUUUCUUACAAAUGAUCGAUCCUCUUGUGUUUCAAUUUUUCUAAUCCAAUUUUUUCAAACAUAUGUUUUCAUAAAAAUACUUUGUUCUUCCAUCAAAUUUCAAUUACUCACAAAAUUUAUAAUGUGCAAUUUAGACCAAUUUUGGUUUGUUUGUUGUUUAAGUCUAAUUUUAUCCAACUUGAUAUCUAUAGUCUUCAGAGUUCUAAUAAGAUGAAAUUGUUAAUAAAAAAUGUAUAACAUU